AUGGGCCGUGGGCGACAAUCAUGGCAACAAUGGCCCAAGGCUGCAGACUAUGGCAGCUCGCAGUGGUCGCAGGAUGGAUGGCCAAAGGGCAAGGGCAAGGAAUGGAACCAUGGUGGAGGCCGGCGACAGAACGAGGCCUCGAGCUCCAGGAGACAAGCAGCCUUCCCAUCCUUCGAGAUGAUGUCGGUGGACGCUGCAAGCAGUGGACAAUGGAUGUGGCAGGAGGCAGAGCACACCGAGUCGAAGAAGGAGCCUACCCAUGUCAGCGGAGUUCAGCGGUUGCUGAACAAUGUUCGCAAGACCGAAGGUCGUGCCAGACGGCUCGAGGCCGACCAGAAAGCAACAGAGGCCAAAUGGGAGAACUUCCGCCAAGAGCUCAAGACAACCUUUGUCAAGGAGAGGGCGCGGUUCAUGGAAAAGAUGGACAAGCUUCGCGUCGACUUGGAGGAGGCGGCGCAGGCCAAGGACGACGCCCUGCUCGAGCUCAGGGAGAUCAUGGCGAACCCCAAGGCGGCCAAAAAGCCCAAGGCGGUCAUGGAAGAGGACGCGGCAGCGCUCGAGGAGCUGGCGGAUCUACUACGGCAACCACAGACCGGGACCAGCGACCUCGCGACGCUACUUGCUGGAGCGGUUGGGGACGGAAGUCUCUCCGAGGAGGACCGGCGCAAGAAGAUCCUACAGGCGAUCGAGUCGCACCGCACCGGAGACACGCCACACACCCCCCGACGCCGAAAGCCGCAGUUCAUGGCGAUGACCCCGCCGGGAGACAAAAGCAGGGAGCCCGACCGAGUAAUGGAUGUGGACCAGGAAGAGACCUACAAGGGCAACGAUGCGACGGUGAAGGCGGACCCCUACCAGAUGUCGCCGACAGACAAGGCCGCGGAGCCAAGGGAGAAGCCCAUCAAGUUUGUGGGCCGGGCCCCGCGCAAAGAGCAGCGCACCGGUGCGCCUCUUGCGGACAAGCUGGAGGCGCGCAGGGCAGAGAUCGAGAGGCAGGAGCAGGCGGAGCAGACGGUCUACGACUCCGAGGAAGAUGCACUCCUGGACGAGUUGGGGAAAUCGUCCAAAGGCCCGAAGGUCCCGGACAUCGACUAG